CGCAGACUAUGGAAGGAUUCUCAGUUUAUCUUGGGAACUUCGAUCUCGGGUCGCUGUUCACCAUUGAGCCGGACACACUCAACGUGACUGUAUCCAACCUCAGACACGCCAUCUUAGUGGACAAACAAGAAGUAGCCAUUGCCGAUUCUGUCGGACACACCGUCACCCCUACUGCACACAUCUACGUAGCAGACGGUAUUAUUGCGAAUGCUUGUGAAGGCAACUCCACUUACUCAGGAGAUUCUGGAGGCACCACUCCUCCGUGUUUAACGCGCAACCAUACCGAUAGUUUGUGUACUCAUUCCCAAUCUGAUCACAAUUACUGGGCUGUGUGCACUGCCUUGUUACAUGGCUACACCGGAUCGGAUAUAUGCGCCACGUUUCUGAAAGACAUGCCUCGGGUGCUGAUUUCCACUCUACAACAGUGUGUACAAGAUUCCCGUCCCGGGGCCAGGCGACGGGCUUUGGACAACGCGAAGCUGAUCGUUUCCAAGCUGAACGAGGAGUAUGCGGAGUUUUGAUCGGAAGCGGCACCUUCGGAAACUUAACCUGUCAUUAAUGAUCACACGUCGAUCACUUGGUCCGCAUGAUCCAUUGUUGGCUGUGCGAUUAGCCGAUUCACGGCUAUAAUCUGCCACUGUAACUAUAUUCCUGUUUCUUCUUGUUUUACCCAUUCAUCCUUUGAAUUUUAUAUUUUAUGCAUUUAUUAUGCCUGCAUUAUCUCCUAUAUAUUCGUGAUUUUAUUCGAUCAGUGCCACCCCACUUUUCUACCUCUGGUGACGAUUUCGCUUGUUGAUUUUACAUCUGGAUAGUUUUCUCUGACAUAUCCGAAUCCAGCCAACUGACGUCCCCUGUGUUUGAUGCACUUCCCGCUGGAUACUGGAGCAUCGUCAAACGUUCGACCAACUUACGAUCCUUGUUUUCUUACACAUUCGAACGACGUUUGAUUCAUUUGACUGAGCUGCUCAUUGGCCUUUUCUGUCAAGUGGUGGAGUGCCUGAGGAUCAUGUUAACAUCCCUCAAGCCAUUUACUCUCAAGCCCAGCACGCUUGUGCGGCAAACUUUCGCAUCUCUUUGGUAUCACCAGUGGCGCGAGAGGGUUAUCCAUCACUACUCUUCCUUUGCACGACAUCUUGGAGAGUGCUCUGGAUAACUGCGAACUCAAUGGCGUUGAGCUGCUUCCGGGUGACCGACUUCGUGACAAGGAGUAUGCAGAGGACAUCGCCGGAAUUAGCCGUUCUCCUCCCAAAAUUACUGCACUGGGUGUAUGUGUCUUUCUCCAAGUUUGGAAUAACCGCCCUGUCGAAUUUUAAAAAAUUCUUGCAGGACUGCUUUGGAAUUGCUGAUUAUUUCAU